GAAAUGUUGACUCGGCACACAUUCCGCGACACCAUGAAGAUAGGAGCGGGUGCUCAACUCAUGUUGUACAUAGCUUUCCGGAGGCGAGUGGAGUAUAACGCUACAUGAUGCCAUAUUCUUUCAUGUUCAUAUCGCCCAAGGUGGUGGCCCAAGCUCUCGUGACUUUUUUGUUAUUUUUGAUUUGCAUAUACCGCGUUAAUUACUCCAACUGCAAUUUGGUCCCAACCAAGCAAAUGUUCCUAACUUAUGCCAAAGAAGACAUGUAUUUUUCACACUUGGCUCAUUCCUUGCUAGCAACAAAUAGUUGGAGAUAGCUCUCCGUGUAACAUUAUUUGCAGUAUGAUGUGAAACAAUCAUGUCACAACGGAACAUUCCAUUCGUAUUUGGCUUUAUGGCGCCAAGCCUUAGUCACCCCUCCCUUGCUUUGCUGAUAGCCGUUUCGCGGAGGAUGUAGUUUUCAACAUGGGUAUAGUUAGUUCUACACGCUGCUA